AAAACUGAAGCUGUUUGUCUGUCUUUCUAGUUCAUGCAAAGGGGUUUGGAUUCACAAACUAAAAAACAACUAGAAGAGGAAGAAAAGAAGAUAAUUAGUGAAGAACACUGGUAUCUUGAUUUACCAGAUCUAAAGGAGAAAGAGAGCUUUAUAAUAGAAGAGAGGAGCUUUAUGCCAUGUGAGGAUCUACUUUAUGGCAGAAUGUCCUUCAAAGGAUUCAAUCCAGAAAUUGAGAAGUUAAUGAUCCAAAUGAACUCUAGGUGCAAGGAAGAAGAAAUUGAAGUGGAUGAUAAAAUGGAGGCUGAUGUGUCAGAUGAAGAAAUGGCCAGAAGAUAUGAAACAUUAGUGGGAACGAUAGGGAAGAAAUUCUUGAGAAAAAGAGACCAGCGUGUACUCCAGGACGAAGAUGAAGAUGGGAGUAGUAACACAAGACCUAGCAAAAAAGCAAAGAAAAAGUUCUUAAAACCUCAGGAUUAAUGUCAACUGCACAACUGGAGCUAAUAGAAAUGUUAUCUACCAAAUAUACUAACACGAACUGGA